AUUAAUAAUAAAGUUUUUAAUUUAUGUAAAGGAAUAGCACAAGGAUUAAUGUUAUCAGCAAUUUUAUGUGAUAUUUAUUAUGCACAUAUGCGAAAGAAGUAUUUUUCUGAUUUUGAAAAUUUUGGUUACCAUUUUGCUUAUGUAGAUGAUAACAUUUAUUUGACCAAGAGCUUAAAACAUGCUAAAGAAUAUAUAUAUAGAAUUAAAAAGGGUAUUCCAGAAUAUAAUUGCUGGUUUAAUGAAUCAAAAUUAAAAUAUAAUUUUAAUAAAUGUGAUUCUAGUAAAAUUGAAUAUUUAGGUUGGAUGAUUGAUCCUCAUUCUUUAGAAAUUGAGCCAAAAUACAACUCAUCUCGUUAUUCCCUGACUUUUGCCUCACUUAAUUCAUUGCAGUAAGAGCAUACCCAACAAUACCAGUCUCGUCUUCCACAACCAUGCAAAAUUCUGGACUCAACAUUAAAAAUCCUCCUACAAGCCUAGCAUGUUCUACAGUUAUUAACUUGAUUGCAAACUGUAUAAAUGGCUUCUUCAUCAUCUGGCAGAUAUGGGCGAAUCGUGUAA